AUGGAGGUGGAAGUUGAGGCGAGGGUGGAGGUCGAGGUUGAAAUGGAAGAGGCCCACACCACCUCCAAUCCCCCGAUGGAGAUGUCACAAGCACUAAGGGAUGGAAGUGACUACUGGUACGGCAGAAAAAGAAGUGACUACAGGUACGGCAGAAAAAGAAGUGACUACAGGUACGGCAGAAAAAGAAGUGACUACAGGUACGGCAGAAAAAGAAGUGACUACUGGUACGGCAGAAAAAGAAGUGACUACUGGUACGACAGAAAAAGAAGUGACUACUGGUACGGCAGAAAAAGACGUGACUAUAGGUACGGCAGAAAAAGAAGUGACUACUGGUACGACAGAAAAAGUGACUUCUGGUACGGCAGAAAAAGUGACUACUGGUACGACAGAAAAAGAAGUGACUACUGGUACGACAGAAAAAGAAGUGACUACUGGUACGGCAGAAAAAUAAGUGACUACAGGUACGGCAGAAAAAGAAGCAACUACUGGUAUAGCAGAAAAAGUGACUACUGGUACGGCAGAAAAAGAAGUGACUACUGGUACGACAGAAAAAAGGGUGACUACAGUACGGCAGAAAAAGAAGUAACUACUAGUAUGCAGAAAAAGAAGUGA